UCCCCCUCUGGCGUCCGCGCAUCCGCGAUGCGGCCUCCGGGAAUGGGGAAGGCGGCGAUGAGGAGCUGUUAGAGAUGCCGCGUCGCUCUGCGGAUUCACGGUGUGGGUCAGCCCAGGCAUGUGCAAGCAGAUGACUGCAGGCUGGGAAAGCUUUCCCUGUAAGCAACAGGGGGCCUGGCUCAGCUCACAGGAGGAUCCCCUAGCAAUGCAGUUGACCCCUGGUGCCCUCGGCAUGGACAGCUCAGAAGAUGGCAGAAGAUACCUCAGGAAUUGAGAGAGAGUCUCCAGCCCUUGAAUCAUUGUAUCCAGAGGCAAAGCCUGCUGUAACAGCCAGUACAAGGAGAACAGAGAAUGCUGGCUUUGUCCCAAAGUGCAUUGCAGACCAAAAAUACCCAAUAGCAGCAACUGUUGUCUUCACGAUUAUGACAAUUACUAUAAUUGCAUUGGCUGUUAGGAAACCACCGCCAUGCCCACCCACUCCUCCACCUAUCGAUGCCGCCUGCCCAGACAGCUGGAUUGGGUACGAAGGAAAAUGCUACUAUUGGUCAGACCAGGAAAAUAAUUGGAACAUCAGCAAGGAGAACUGUUCCUCAUUCAGCGCAUCUUUGGCUAUGCUUGAUAGCGAAGAGGAGCUGGUGUUUUUGAUGAGGUUUACUUACACCCAUCAUUACUGGAUUGGCCUCUCAAAAGACGCAGGCAAGCCCUGGAGAUGGCUGAAUGGCACAGCGUUGAACAACCACAUGGCUGAGGAAAUUGUUUAUGCUGACCUCAACAUCCCUGAACACCCACACCCACAUUCCCAAGGCUUCUCUGUCCACCUGAACAGCUCACUGCAGCACUCCCGUUGGCUCCUGGUUGCUCUCUGCAUUGGGAAUGUCAUCCUCGUGGUAGCUGUGAUAGCCUUGGCUUUGCAGCUGGAGGCUGAGAAAAGAAAACCUGGGACUGGUGGCCAAAUUCCCAGUGACUCUGUCGAAAACUUCCAGCUUCAUCUGAGAAGCAAACUCUGCAAUCAAACCCAGGACAGCAUCUCAGGAAGUCUCGCUUGCCACCUCUGCCCUGCAGACUGGCACCUCCACAAGGACAAGUGCUACUGGCCAUCGGAGGAUUUAAAAUUCUGGAACCAGAGCAGAGAUUACUGCUUCACAAGGGGUUCUCAACUGGCCGUGAUCCAAAGUCAAGAAGAACUGGGAUUCAUUCAAAAACUUUUAUCAGAUCAGAGAUACUGGAUAGGACUGGAAUGGUCUGGAACUAAAUGGACGUGGAUCACAGGCUCUCAGCUGGAUCCCAACAUGUUUCAAGAACCAAGAUAUACUCCUGGAAGUAAUUGUGGUCAGAUAAAGCAUACCACAAAGGAUCCGAUAAGGCAUACAAUAGCAUCUGACAAAUGUGCAACAAUACACCAAUGGGUUUGCCAGAAAGAGGCGUUCUUGCUGUGACAUUUUAUUAUUAUUAAUCUUACACUGCACUUGUAUCUCACCUUUUUUCUUCUUGCAAGGAACUCAAGGUGGAGUGGCAUACAAGGUUCCAUUUCUCUUCAUUUCUCUCCUCAGACCAGCCCUGCAAGUUAGGUCAGGCUAAGAGUCCAUGACUGGCCCAAAGUUCAGUGAACCUCCUGGCCAGGUGGGGACUGGAAUCAGAUCCAAACCCAAGUCCCAACUCUACCCACCAUGCCACGCUGGCUCUCAAUUUUAGUUUACGUAUAAGCACGAUGUGCUGUUAAUGUGCUGUUUGCUGCAAGUCCAAAAUAAAAACUCUGAACAGCUA